GACUACGACUUUGGUCAAAAAGAUAAAAAUCCCAUGGAUAACCUGUAUGUCUAUAACAAGUUUGACAAUGAGAAGGCAUUCAAGAUCCCCAGUGAGCAGGUUUCUCAGUUUCUUCUGCCAAAUAAGUUUUCUGAGGAAUGGAUCAGAGUCUACUGCACGAGCUUGGACGAAAACACUCUGAAAGUCGCUAAAAAGAGCUUUUACGAGUGGUGCACAAAGAAUAAUUUACCACCUCCGACUCUACCUCAGCUGCCGACAGCUGAUCCACAACCAAAGGUGUUCAAUGACCCUAUCCAUGGUCAAAUGGAGUUCCACCCCAUUCUGGUCAAAAUCAUCGACACACCUCAGUUUCAGAGACUUCGAUACCUCAAACAGCUGGGAGGGGCCUAUUUCGUUUACCCAGGAGCAUCUCACAACCGAUUUGAACACUCACUCGGAGUGGCACAUUUAGCAGGAAAACUUGUGCGACAUUUAAAAGAAAAACAGCAGGGACUUGGUAUUACUGACAGAGACGUACUUUGUGUGGAAAUUGCUGGUCUCUGCCAUGACCUGGGACAUGGGCCAUUUUCCCACUUGUUUGAUAACAUGUUCAUACCAAAAACUCAACAAAACAAGGAAUGGAAACAUGAGAAAGGGUCAGCUGCCAUGUUUGAUGCCAUUGUGGAACAUCUAAAAAAAAAAAAAGAAAACCCAUUUGACCUGGAGACUGAGUUGAAGAAGCUGAGUGAGGACAGUGAUGGUGAUGACCUAUCCUUUAUCAAGGAGAUGAUUAAUGGACCAGAUAAAGAGGGACAUUACAAAGGCCGCCCUUCAAACAAGUCUUUCCUCUACGAGAUAGUCGCAAACAAAAGGACUGGCCUUGAUGUGGACAAGUUUGACUAUUUUGCCAGAGAUUGCCAUCACCUUGGAAUAAAGAAUAGCUUUGACCACAAUCGCUACAUUAAGUUUGCCAGAGUCCUUGAGGUGGACGGUCAAUGGCAGAUCUGCACAAGAGACAAGGAAGUCCCUAAUAUUUAUGAAAUGUUUCAUACAAGGAGUUCUCUCCACCGAAAGGCCUACCAGCACAAAACCAAUAAGGCUGUUGAGCUGAUGAUCAGAGAUGCCUUACUUAAAGCAGAGCCAGUGUUAAAGAUGUCUAAAGCUAUAAAAGACAUAGCAGAUAAAACCAUGGAGGAGUACACCCAGCUCACAGACUCUAUCUUUGAAAAAAUACUUUAUUCCACUGGAGAUGAACUGAAGGAGGCACGAGAAAUACUACAAAACAUUCUCUCUCGAAAGCUGUACAGAUUUCUAGGAGAGACUAAACUGACAGAUGGGUUUGCCAAAGAGGAAGAAAAACAGAUAUCUGAAAUGGCACCAUGCGAAACACAGGACAACCAAAGCCCUCUGACAAAAGAAGAAAAAUGGAAAUCUGACCUGGCAGUAGUGACCACUUAUAAAGAGCAAAAGCCACUGACAAAAGAUGACUUUGAAAUCACUAUCAUUAGCUUUGACUUUGGUCAAAAAGAUAAAAAUCCCAUGGAUAACCUGUAUGUCUAUAACAAGUUUGACAAUGAGAAGGCAUUCAAGAUUCCCAGUGAACAGGUUUCUCAGUUUCUUCUGCCAAAUAAGUUUUCUGAGAAAUGGAUCAGAGUCUACUGCACGAGCUUGGACAAAACCACUCAGAGAGUCGCUCAAAAGAGCUUUUACGAGUGGUGCCGCAGGAAGAACUUACACUUUUCUCCGAGUCUACCUCAGACGCCGACAGCCAAUCCACAACCAAAGGUGUUCAAUGACCCUAUUCAUGGACAUAUGGAGUUCCACCCCAUUCUGGUCAAAAUAAUAGACACACCUCAGUUUCAGAGACUUCGUUUCAUCAAACAGAUGGGAGGGGCCUAUUUUGUUUACCCAGGAGCAUCCCACAACCAAUUUGAACACUCACUUGGAGUGGCACAUUUAGCAGGAAAGCUUGUGCGACAUUUAAAAGAAAAACAGCAGGAACUUGGUAUUACUGACAGAGACGUACUUUGCGUGGAAAUUGCUGGUCUCUGCCAUGACCUGGGACAUGGGCCAUUUUCCCACUUGUUUGAUAACAUGUUCAUACCAAAAACUCAACAAAACAACGAAUGGAAACAUGAGCAAGGGUCAGCUGCCAUGUUUGAUGAGAUUGUAAAAUUUCUAAAAACAAAAAGCUUUGACCUGAAGGCUAAGCUGAAGAAGCUGGAAGAUGACCAGAGUGAGGACAGAGAUGAUGAUGACAAGAGGGAGGACAGUGAUGGUGAUGGCCAGACGGAGGACAGUGAUGGUGAUGACCAGAGUGAGGACAGUGAUGGUGAUGACUUAACCUUUAUCAAGGAGAUGAUUAAUGGACCAGAUAAAGAGGGACAUUACAAAGGCCGCCCUUCAGACAAGUCUUUCCUCUACGAGAUAGUCGCAAACAAAAGGACUGGCAUUGAUGUGGACAAGUUUGACUAUUUUGCCAGAGAUUGCCAUCACCUUGGAAUAAAGAAUAGCUUUGACCACAAUCGCUACAUUAAGUUUGCCAGAGUCCUUAAGGUGGGUGGUCGAUGGCAGAUCUGCACAAGAGACAAGGAAGUCCCCAAUAUUUAUGAAAUGUUUCAUACAAGGAGUUCUCUCCACCGAAAAGCCUGUCAGCACAAAGCCCAUAAGGCCAUUGAGCUGAUGAUCAGAGAUGCCUUACUUAAAGCAGAGCCAGUGUUAAAGAUGUCUGAAGCUAUAAAAGACAUAGCAGAUAAAAACAUGAAGAAGUACACCCAGCUCACAGACUCUAUCUUUGAAAAAAUACUUUAUUCCACUGGAGAAGAACUGAAGGAGGCACGAGAAAUACUACAAAACAUUCUCUCUCGAAAGCUGUACAGAUUUCUAGGAGAGAUUAAACGGACAGAUAAGCUUCGUAAAGAGAAGGAAGAAAAAUGGAAAUCUGACCUGGCAGUAAUGAGUACUUAUAAAGAGGAAAAUCCACUGACAGAAAAUGACUUUGAAAUCUCUAUCAUUGAAUACAACUUUGGUCAAAAAGAUAAAAAUCCCAUGGAUAACCUGUAUGUCUAUAACAAGUUUGACAAUGAGAAGGCAUUCAAGAUCCCCAGUGAGCAGGUUUCUCAGUUUCUUCUGCCAAAAGAUUUUUCUGAGGAAUGGAUCAGAGUCUACUGCACGAGCUUGGACGAAAACACUCUGAAAGUCGCUAAAAAGAGCUUUUUAGAGUGGUGCACAAAGAAUAAUUCACCACCUCCGAGUCUACCUCAGACGCUGACAGCUGAUCCACAACCAAAGGUGUUCAAUGACCCUAUCCAUGGUCAAAUGGAGUUCCACCCCAUUCUGGUCAAAAUCAUCGACACACCUCAGUUUCAGAGACUUCGAUUCAUCAAACAGCUGGGAGGGGCCUAUUUUGUUUACCCAGGAGCAUGUCACACCCGAUUUGAACACUCACUCGGAGUGUCACAUUUAGCAGGAAAGCUUGUGCGACGUUUAAAAGAAAAACAGCAGGAACUUGGUAUUACUGACAGAGACGUACUUUGUGUGGAAAUUGCUGGUCUCUGCCAUGACCUGGGACAUGGGCCAUUUUCCCGCUUGUUUGAUAACAUGUUCAUACCAAAAAUUCUACAAAACAAGGAAUGGAAACUUGAGAAAGGGUCAGCUGCCAUGUUUGAUGCCAUUGUGGAACAUCUAAAAGAAAAAGAAAACCCAUUUGACCUGGAGACUGAGUUGAAGAAGCUGAGUGAGGACAGUGAUGGUGAUGACUUAACCUUUAUCAAGGAGAUGAUUAAUGGACCAGAAAAAAAGGGACAUUACAAAGGCCGCCCAGACAAGCAUUUCCUCUACGAGAUAGUCGCAAACAAAAGGACUGGCAUUGAUGUGGACAAGUUUGACUAUUUUGCCAGAGAUUGCCAUCACCUUGGAAUAAAGAAUAGCUUUGACCACAAUCGCUACAUUAAGUUUGCCAGAGUCCUUGAGGUGGACGGUCAAUGGCAGAUCUGCACAAGAGACAAGGAAGUCUCCAAUAUUUAUGAAAUGUUUCAUACAAGGAGUUCUCUCCACCGAAAGGCCUACCAGCACAAAACCAAUAAGGCCAUUGAGCUGAUGAUCAGAGAUGCCUUACUUAAAGCAGAUCCAGUGUUAAAGAUGUCUGAAGCUAUAAAAGACAUAGCAGAUAAAACCAUGGAGGAGUACACCCAGCUCACAGACUCUAUCUUUGAAAAAAUACUUUAUUCCACUGGAGAAAAACUGAAGGAGGCACGAGAAAUACUACAAAACAUUCUCUCUCGAAAACUGUACAGAUUUCUAGGAGAGACUAAACUGACAGAUAAGCUUCGUGAAGAGAAGGAAGAAAAAUGGAAAUCUGACCUGGCAGAAAUGUCUGAAAAGCCACUGAAAAAAGAUGACUUUGAAAUCUCUGUUGCUACCUUCAACUUUGGUCAAAAAGAUAAAAAUCCCAUGGAUAACCUGUAUAUCUAUUACAAGUCUAACAAUGAGAAGGCAUUCAAGAUCCCCAGUGAACAGGUUUCUCAGUUUCUUCUGCCAAAUAAGUUUUCUGAGGAAUGGAUCAGAGUCUACUGCACGAGCUUGGACGAAAACACUCUGAAAGUCGCUAAAAAGAGCUUUUUAGAGUGGUGCACAAAGAAUAAUUCACCACCUCCGACUCUACCUCAGCUGCCGACAGCUGAUCCACAACCAAAGUGAGGUGACAUCCUGCCCCACUAACAAGCUGGACAUCUGGAGAUCAUCAACACAGGGAAACCCACAUUCCCAAGUUUACAACCCCUACAAAUGGAUUAAAAUAAACAGAAUCUUUUGCUCCUACCUUUACGACCCUCAGAACUGAAUUAUCCCCAAGGAACAAGAUUGUGACAUUGAUUAACUUUUCUAAAAUCAUCAACACUCAGAGCAGAACCCCAGCUUCAAAGGACCAUAAGCCACAGGGGUCAGGGUCAAAAACUUUGAUUUCAUUCAUAAAGAUGCUAUUUUUGACAUUAACUUCUGAUUUCAUGUAUCAUAUGUAAAUCUGUGAUUUAAAUGUGACAAUCAUGUACAGCCAUUCACAUUGGGAAACUGCACUGUGGAAAUGUCUCAUAUAUGUCUCUUAUUAUGUUUUACUCAUGUAAAUGCCUCAUAUAUAUCUCUUAUUAUGUUUUACUGAUGAUGGAAACAUUGAUUCAUGUCCUAUUAUAUUGUUGUAAUAUGACUACAGUUGUUACAUUAUGAAGGGUAUGUCAAGUAAUAAAGCUUUUAAGUUGCAUUACAAAUACAUAUAUCAAAAAUAUGGAAUGCAUAUUGAUUGAAUAAAGUUUCUUAGGGCCAUCACAUAUACAUAUAUAUCUUUUGAUACUGAAAUCAUAUAAGUUUUGAAUAUUAUUAUGUAAUCACCAUUUUUAUACUGAAUUUAUAUAUUCUUUGAAUGUUGUAUCUUUUUGGAGGUUGUCUAACAAGCACCAUACUAAAAGUUGAACCCCAUCUAAACUAGGUCAAAGGUAAAACGUGAAUUAUGGGAGACAGUUGGCCCCUUGCAGAAACUCCUUUAACCGAGUUAAGGCAACAUUGUAGGAGGUGAAUCAUGUUGUUUGACAGUUACCAAUGUUGGUACUGGAGUUCGAGCAUUUUGUAAUAACACUGAAACUAUGUUAAAGGUAACAUUGUGUGAGAUGAAUGGAGGGAAACUGUUGGGGUUGUGUAGACGCUCCUUUACAGGGACAGGGCGGUCGGAUGAGACUCAAGGCCGGAAAAAUAGACUGGUGCAGCCUGGAGAGAUGAGCGAGGCCGGAGGGAGGAACCUGGGCGACAACCUACUCAACAUAAUAUUUGCAUAUUCAUGUUUCAUGUUACAUUUUUAUGUUACGGGGCCAGGGAAAAGCAGACAGACCGCCUGCUGCACACACGAGGGAUAGAUCAUAUGACCCCGGGUCCUGUAUUAGAUUGUAACUGUCAGGGGAAUAAACUUUUGAGAUUUGAACU